CAAAAAUAUUGUUAAGGCCCUCCACAGGCUUUUUUAGACUAGCUAAUUGCAACGUGAUGGACAAGCUUGUUUUGAAUGUAGUUUUCGUUCUAAUGUUAUCCUGGACCAUCCAGGAAAUCCAGGCUCAUAAAGUUUGUGACGACCAUACACCAAAAGCCGAGGUCGAUGAAAGCGUGGAAGAAAUUGUCAAACGUCUCAUGUCCGUUCGUAACCCAUCUUGGGGCUGGGAAUUCUGGUCAACAGCAAUUGUUCUGCAAGUUUCUGCACCAAAGAUGUUUUUCGCUCGACAGAAAAGUGUGUUUGCUUUUAAACGGCUGAUUAGCUCUGGCUGGGAUGAACUUGAAUUCUUUGACAAGUGUGAGGCAGCUUUUGUGGCUCGUGCUUUAUGUUUGAAUCCGACCAAAUUGUCUGGAAGAAAUCUGCUGAAUGAGAUCAACGACAAACUAGGAGAAUAUGUGAACAACACAACAUCGAUAUCACCAGAAGACUUGAUAGAAUUCAACUUUGGUCUCAGUUCUCUUUGUAUCAACGGUUAUCCGGUUGAUAAGAAUCUUGUUCAUAAACUAUUGGAAAUGCAAAAUCCUGACGGCAGUUUUAGUGAAGGACCGUUUUCAUCUCUUGCCACUAUUUGGGUUAUGCGACCGAUAUUUUGUCUAAGUCGUAUGAAGAAUACAGCAUUCAACCAAACAGCCGUUAAGGAAUCAGUCAAGAAAAUUCGGAACUAUGUCAUAAAUUCUAUAACUAACAUAACGGGACAACUAACUUUUGGUGGAUAUGAUUUCAUUGUUCACGAUGCUCUCGUUUCACUCUAUAAAUCGAUGCCAGAAAAUGAGAACGUAUCAAAAUGGUAUUGCAACGAAGUAAUGAAAGAUGUCGGAAUAAAACCAUUAGACCACGAAGACGAAGAAGUAUUGACUGCAAGGUUGAUGACAAUUACUGGAACUGAUUAUUUGGACUUGCAAAAUGAAGAUUACAAGUGUUUACCCAGAGAAGACUUAGAUAAACGACCAGUGGGUUACAAACCGAUAUGCAAUUACGAGAAACCAGAAACUUGUGGACUUCCUACACCCGACGAUUUUCUAGAAGAAGAAGAGGAAAGCGAAGAGGGAGGAGAGGAAAGCGGAGAGUAACUCAAAAAUUGUUACUGAACUGACGGACAUUUCAUACUUUAAUUAGUCGAUACUAACACAUAAAUAACAUAAACAUUGCAAAUUAUACUCUGCAUGAUAUUCG